GCUCUGGCUGACAGGCGAGCGAGGAGCAGCGGGAGCGCAGUUGCGGCUUUCUGCGCCCCAGUCCGCGGAAUGGCCAGUGCGCGGCUCGCCGGGUCGGCCGCUUGCGACCCUUAGACACCGGCGCCUGCCCUCGGCGCAGACCGCUGGCGCAGACGCCGCUCCUGUGGGGCGUCCUUCGGCCAGCCCGCCUGAGGUAAAGGGCUGCGGGUGGGCAGCGAAGGGACCCCGGGCGGGAUGACGGGCGCGGGCUGCGGCGGAGCGGACGACGGCUCGGUGGACGGCUUUUCUGUGGAUUUUUAGGUAUUGAGGAACAAUUGGAGCUAAUCCACAUCAUGGAAAUGGAAACCACUGAACCUGAGCCAGACUGUGUAGUACAGCCUCCCUCUCCUCCUGAUGAUUUUUCAUGCCAAAUGAGGAUUUCUGAGAAGAUCGCUCCAUUGAAAACUUGUUUUAAGAAAAAGCAGGAUCAGAAGAGAUUGGGAACUGGAACCCUGAGGUCUUUGAGGCCAAUAUUAAACACUUUGCUAGAAUCUGGCUCACUUGAUGGGGUUUUCAGAGCUAGAGACCAGAGUGCAGAUGAGAGCACCUUACAUGAGCAUAUGGUGAAAAAACCCCUGGAAAUCAGUCCAUCAUGUCCAUCAGCAGAAAACAGCAUGCCUGUCCUGAUUCCUGAUGGGACAAAUGUUGAGGGCCAGUUACCAGAAUCUCAUCCUCCUGCCGAUGCUCCAGAACAAGUGGUUCCAAUCCAGGAUCACAGUUUUCCACCAGAAACUAUCAGCGGCACAGUGGCAGAUUCUGCAGCAGGACACUUCCAAACUGACCUUUUACAUCCUGUUUCAGGUGAUGUUCCUACCAGUCCUGACUGCAUAGACAAAGUUAUGGAUUAUGUUCCAGGGGCUUUCCAAGACAAUAGUUUUACAAUACAGUACAUUUUGGAUACCAGUGAUAAGUUGAGUACUGAGCUCUUCCAGGACAAAAGUGAGGAAGCUUCCCUUGACCUUGUGUUUGAGCUGGUAAAUCAGCUACAAUACCAUACUCACCAAGAGAAUGGAAUUGAAAUUUGCAUGGACUUUCUGCAAGGCACGUGCAUUUAUGGCAGGGAUUGUUUGAAACAUCAUACCAUUUUGCCCUAUCAUUGGCAGAUCAAAAGGACAACCACUCAGAAGUGGCAGAGUGUAUCCAAUGAUUCUCAGGAGCACUUGGAAAGAUUUUAUUGUAACCCAGAAAAUGACAGAAUGAGAAUGAAGUAUGGAGGACAAGAAUUUUGGGCAGAUUUGAAUGCCAUGACUGUAUUUGAAACAACUGAAUUUGACCAACUUCGAAGGCUGUCUACACCACCCUCUAGUAAUACAAACUCUAUUUACCAUACAUUUUGGAAAUUCUUCUGCAGAGACCACUUUGGAUGGAGAGAGUAUCCAGAGUCUGUAAUUCGAUUAAUUGAAGAAGCCAACUCUCGGGGUCUGAAAGAGGUUCGAUUUAUGAUGUGGAACAACCACUAUAUCCUUCACAACUCAUUCUUCAGGAGGGAAAUAAAAAGAAGACCGCUAUUCCGUUCCUGCUUUAUACUGAUUCCAUAUUUACAGACACUUGGUGGGGUUCCCACUCAGGCUUCUCUGCCUCUUGAAGCAACGUCAUCACAAAUCAUCUGCCCAGAUGGGGUCACCUCAGCAAACUUUUACCCUGAAACUUGGGUUUAUAUGCAUCCAUCUCAGGACUUCAUCCAAGUGCCUGUUUCUGCAGAGGAUAAAAGUUACCGAAUCAUUUAUAACCUUUUUCAUAAGACUGUGCCUGAAUUUAAAUACCGAAUUUUACAAAUAUUGAGAGUCCAAAACCAAUUUCUUUGGGAGAAAUAUAAAAGGAAAAAAGAAUAUAUGAACAGAAAAAUGUUUGGCCGUGACAGAAUAAUAAAUGAGAGACACUUAUUUCAUGGAACAUCCCAGGAUGUGGUAGACGGAAUCUGCAAGCACAACUUUGACCCUCGUGUCUGUGGAAAGCAUGCUACAAUGUUUGGACAAGGCAGUUAUUUUGCAAAGAAGGCAAGCUACUCUCAUAACUUUUCUAAGAAGUCCUCAAAAGGAGUCCAUUUCAUGUUUUUGGCCAAAGUGUUGACUGGCAGAUACACAAUGGGCAGUCAUGGCAUGAGAAGACCCCCACCAGUAAAUCCUGGCAGUGUCACCAGUGACUUGUAUGACUCUUGUGUGGAUAAUUUCUUUGAGCCUCAGAUUUUUGUCAUUUUUAAUGAUGACCAGAGUUACCCUUAUUUUGUUAUCCAGUAUGAAGAAGUCAGUAAUACUGUUUCCAUUUAAAUAUCUUGGUACUGCUAAGUUAUUUGAUAUGAACUCAAUCCAGCAUUUGUAGCAGGUUUGGGUGGGCCUGGGUGGGAAACAGCAUUGAACAGAAAUAGGACACUUUUCAGACCCAAUUUUUUAAGUGCUAGAAAGUAAUUUUUUUAAAAGAAAAGUUUUAAAACGACCACUUAUUCUUUAAUUAUUAUACUAAUUGUUAGUGUACUCAGUGUGGAAAAAGACUAAAGAGUGCGUAUUUUUCAUUCACACGUGUACAUUUAGGCAGCAAUAUUAUUAGAAGCAUUUGAGGGGAAAACUACCAACUGAAGAGCCUAAUAAAGUACUACUUGGGUCUGGUAGACAUUUGGUCAGAUAGAGUAGAGGCUGUGAGCAAAGUGAGGAUUCUGUUCACUUGGCAUUGGUAAAACUGACUGAAACUGAUAGUACCCUGCUUACCACUUACAGCAUCACUACUUUGGGGUAGUAUAAGGUCAUGAAGUUCUGGUGAAUGAGAAGAAUUUUCUAUUUCUAUCAGUAGGACUGAAAUACCCAGUCAGAGACCACGAGAGUUUUCUUGAAAUUUCAGGGUUCUGUUGAGAGGAAAUUUUUAAAAAUUAAAAAAGAAACUAUUUGAAAACUUUGUGCCACCAGCACAAUUUUUCAUUAAUUAGUUGUGAAAUGUGAUUCUUGUGUUAAAAUUUAGCCUUGGAAAACUCAUUCUCUUCCAUUAUUGUCCACCUUAGUUUCAGAGUUGGGCAGCUAGGUUGGUUAAAGCUAGUUUGGUGAAUUAAAAGUAUUUCUUUUGGGGUUCCAGACCUACCCUAGACUGAUGAUAAUAGAUAGUGGAAGACAUCUACAAUCAAAGUAAAAAGUUUGAUUACUGUGCUUUGCACAAAAUAGAGUCUCAGAAGUAUUUGCCGAGUUGAAUUGUUAAAAGGUGGUAAGCCCACCCUGCUUUGCCAGAUGCACUGGAUUCCUUAGCUGACUUUGUACUUUACACUACUUACUUUAAUAGAAACACAAACUUGGAAAUUGUGCCACUGGCCCAGCAGGAGCAUUGAGUGAAUAUGCUGUUACCUCAGCUCAGAGAGGCAGUACACUUCUAAGCAAAGCAAAUACCUGGAUUUACUAAAGUGAGAAGUGGUUGUUCAUGAAAGAAUGCACCACAGAAUCCCUUCAGAUACCAAGCUUUCCUUGUAUGUUUGUGGUUAUUUCAUUUACCUAAAACUUUGCAGGACCUUCUUUGUUAUUUAAAGCAAGAUAUAGCUGUACAGAUGUCUCAGUGAAUCAGUCUGUUUAAGCACUUAUCAGGGCUUCCACACAGUUAUUUAUUUUGCCCUAGUUGAUCCUGUUGUUUGCUGUCAUGGGUAUGAAACAGGCAACUGUGGCAGUUAUUCUUCAUUCGGUUAUAACUUGUGAACCAGUGAUCCCCAAUCUUUUUCAAGUUAAGACAUGUUACCAUUGCUUAUUUGAUUUUAUGAAACUUGUUCCUUUUUUCUCCUUAAAGGAAAUGAAAGCUUUAUGACAUAUUUAUUUUUUUAAUAAAACUAAGCAAAAAAUAAAAGUUAAUUCUUUAAAA